AUGUCUAUCACCAAAGUCUCGGACUUCACCAAAGAUUCGUUCUGUUUCGAGGAUGCCGUUGAAAACAGUUACGGAUCCAAAACCAUAAAACUAACGGCAUGCGAUCAAGGACCUCUUUUAUUAAAGGUUACAGAUUGUAGAUCUUACGGAGUGAGUAAGAGCAAAUUCGACAAGGAAAAAUAUUCCAUCUCCUUAUCUCUUUUUGAAAAAUCUGAGUUUAUCUCCGUUUUGGAAUUAAUAGAAAAAGAAUGUGCGAAACAUGUCGGUAGGCCCGACGAAAAGAUAAUGAAAUGUCUUUCUCGAAAAGGUAACACUCCUACCUUGUAUCCUAGUAUCGACGAUGAAAUGGAAAUGUACGAACUGAAAGGAAACGAUCCCGUCGAUCACAAGAAAUAUCAGGAUAAAAGAUUUCAUGUUGAUGUGAUCGUUAGAAUCAAGGGAAUCUAUGUAUCCGGGAAAACAACUACUAUCCAGGUAAAAUUAUACGAAGCAAGUAUAUUGGAAGAAAAACCAAAGGUACCAAGAAAAAGACUUUUACGAGAUUAA